AUGCCUAUGACCUGGGACCAUGAGGCUGAUGCCAAGCUUCUCCUCAGAAUCUUCGCCACCAGCAACAUCAAGCUCGACUACGAAGACCUUGCCAAACAUAUGGGACCCGAUUGCACUACCAUUGCUAUCCAGCGCAGAAUCCAACGUCUGAGAACGGAUCCUAGGGCUGGCAGCGCUACCAACGGCGACUCCUCUACUCCUGCUACUCCGGAGAAACGCAAACGCGGCCGCCCAAAGAAGGACGCCAACGGUGAUGGCGCAGAGAAGGACAAUGCCAGUCCUAAGAAAGCUAAGAAGGCUAAGAAAGAGGAGAACGGAUCUGCUGUCGACAGCGCUUGA